UCAAGAAGAAAUCCAAGAUGAAGUACUGGCUCCAUACAAGUCAGAGAUUACAUCGUGCUCUGAACAGUUCAUUUACUGAAGACAAACGCCAGCCUAAGACAAAACGAGUAGAAAAGAGGUCCCAUGUAGGGAACAGCCAGCAUGCUGUGUGGAAUACAGCCAAUCUGGGCAACUGCCACCGGAAAAAAUAUAUCUGCAGUGAUGAAGGGCAAAAUGAGGUGACGAUCCGACAGCACCAAGACAUCCCCCUGCCUCAGGUGAGGAGAGAGACUCCGGCUUCUUUAACGACCAACGGGAAAGCAGAGUCCCUCAAUAUUGCUAGGACCUCAGUGAUGCAAGAGCUUACCGAGCUGGAGAAGCAGAUCGAAAUCAUCAAACAGGAGCUGCAACUCGCCAUGGACAGGAAAUCUGAGCUGGAAGAGUAUCAGAGGACAAACAGGACUGCAGAGCCCUAGACCAGCACACCUGGGCCCUUUCUCCUUUUCUUCCUUUCUCCCUUUCCUCUGUAAAAUUUGUAACACACUUUUGUAAUGCCAGAAAGAGGUGUGAAAAUAAAGCAGGCAAUACGCUCUUCUUGAGAGCAGAAUUGCAGCAGCCCACAGCCACUGCCACCCUCUUGAGUCCUCCUCCUUUCAUAACAAGUUUCUCAUUCUCCUGGCAAACACCAGCCAUUCCCAAGGGACUGGAGAAACAAGGAGCAUGCAAAUAGCAAGGGUUCCUGGUUUCUCCACUUGACAGUACAGUGAGAUUCCCACUUUUUUAGCCCUUUCUGUGCAUUAAUU